AUGGCGCCACCGCUGCGCCUCGACAAUGAAACGACGAUGACGUCGGUGGAAAACGCGACGUAUCUCGAUGACGUCACGCUGUGCUCGGUUGAGACGUCAUCGCCAGCGCAGGUGGUCGUCGUCGUCUUCAUGAGUAUCGUCAACGUUACUGUUCUCGUACUCAAUCUGAGCGUUCUCGUUACCGUGCUCGCCGCCGCGCAGCUGCGCGCAACCCUCACCAACAUCAUUCUCGGCAACUUGUUCGUCAUCGACAUACUCGCCGGAGUGCUGCUCAUACCGCUCUCUAUCCUCCACCACGGCUCCCCGCGCUGGCUGCUCGCAGCGCCGCUUUGCGACGCCAAUGCGUUUCUGACGUCACUGCUGACGUUCGCGUCGGCGCUGUCGCUGGCGCUGAUCAGCUGCGAGCGGUUUUAUUCGAUCGCCUACCCGAUGUCGCACGCCGCCAACGUGACGCUGCCGAAGACGCGGGCCGCCGUCGGCGCGCUGUGGGCGGCGGCGUGCGUCUGCGCGCUUCCACCGCUCGCCGGUUGGGGGCGCUACGAGUACCGACCGUGCCGCGGGCACUGCUCGCUGGCGUGGGACGCGCAGACGGGAUCUUACAUGAUAGCCGUAAGCGUCGUCUGCUUUGCGGCGCCGGCCUGCAUCAUCGUGUCGAUGUACGUCGCCAUCUUCCACGUCGCCAAACGCGCGACGACGCGAGUCAAGCCGACGCAACAGCAGCAUCCGCGCAUCAGCAUCAUCUCGGCGUCGGCGCACAGCGACGUCCACGGACCGCGCAAGACGCAGCCGUCGGCGACGCCGGCGAGCGCCGAACCGCCGCCGGGCGAGACGCCGCCCGAGGGCGCCACUGCGGCGACGCGAUGCCUGGCGCUGUUGCGGAGGCUGUGGCGACGCCGCAACGCGCAGAAGAACCUCUACGGCAUCAGUUCAAAUCCGUGGAAAGCGGCAAAGACACUGACGCUGGUGACUGCGUUCUUCCUGCUCUUCUGGGGUCCGUUCUUUAUCGUCAACCUGUGCGGACUGGCGUCGAGCGGUCACCUAGCCAACCAGCAGCUAGCCGAGGCGCUGUCAGCGUGGCUUACAUACGUCGGCUUCGCGAUGAACGCCGUCCUCUACGGCUUCCUCAACCGACAGAUCCGCGAGGAGGCGCUGCGGCGCGCGCGGGGCUGCGUGCGUCGUCUGCGAGGUCUCGACGACGACGUAGAGGACUUCUUGCCGUGCGACGGAGAGGACUUCUUUCAGUUUCUCGAGCGAACGAGUCUCGCGAAUCCCCCCGCGCAGCCCUCUCCGACGCCACCUCCCAUCGCUGCUUCUCCCGACGGCGGCGCUGCUGGCGGCAGCAGCCUGGCGCAGCAGCAGGCCAUCAUGACUGCCAGCGCCCUCCCUGACAGGGUCGCACAGUCCAGCUUCGUUAGCAUGGACAGAUCAGAGCAACCGGAAGAGAAAUCCUCCGAUGCAGCAGUCGGGAUGUAG